AGUCGGUUGGGAUGAAGAAGAAAGGUGUUGAUGAGUUCCCUUUCUGUGUCCAUCUUGUUAGUUGGGAGAAAGAGAAUGUCUCGAGUGUGGCAUUGGAGGCUGCUCGAAUUGCCUGCAACAAGUACAUGGCCAAAUUUGCUGGGAUUGAUGCUUUCCACUUGAGGGUGAGGGUUCAGCACUUCCAUGUUCUGCGGAUCAACAAGAUGCUUUCAUGUGCUGGGGCUGAUAGGCUUCAGACUGGAAUGAGGGGUGCUUUCGGGAAACCUCAAGGAAGACGUGCAAGAGUCAACAUUGGUCAGGUCCUGCUGUCGGUUCGUUGCAAGGACAGCAACAGCCACCAUGCACAGGAGGCCCUCCUCCGUGCAAAGUUCAAGUUUCCCGGUCGUCAAAAGAUUAUUGUUAGCAGCAAGUGGUAUGCAUUUUUGUUUCUUACACAGAAUUGA